AUGGCGGCUCCGAUGGCGGUAAAUUCAGGAGCCAGUCUGUGGGGACCACUAAAAGAGCUAUGGGAGACAGUUGAUGCAGCUGUACUGAAGAGACAACCAGAGAAUGUCCACCUUUUGGAUUUGCAACUAAAGAAACACAAACCACACUUUCUCUCGCUCUUUAAGAAUCCGCCAAAGAGUGCAGAGCAGAGAGAAAAGGUGCGCAAAGCCAGCACAGAAGGCAUCGCAAUUCAAGGGCAGCAGGGUUCACGGCUUCUUCCAGAACAGCUUCUGACGGAGGCCUUCAUCCUUAGUGAUCUUUUUGACAUUGGGGAGUUGGCAGCUUUGGAACUUCUUUUGGCAGGUGAACAACAACAGCCCCAUUUUUCAGGCCUGACACGAGGUCUGGUGGCUGUUUUACUCUACUGGGAUGGAAAGCUUUGUGUGGCCAACUCUUUGCGCACACUCAUUCAGUCACGCCACGGCAAAACCUUCACUUUGGAUUUAAGUGGAGAGUUAGUGGCUUUGACAACACGCUUUACAGAUGAGCUGAUGAGUCAGGGACUGACCAAACGCAUCCUUACCUUAGUGUCGGAGAUAAGUGUAACACGGGAGUUUGAACGGCUACAGAGGGAGCGCGGCUUAGGCAAUGAAAAGCACAGGAAAGAGGUUUCUGACCUCAUCAAAGAAUGCCGACAGGCACUGGCAGACAGCUUGUUUUCAUGGACUUGUCAAUCACCCUUGACUAAAGAGGACACAUUGGCUCUCAUUGGUUAUUUGGAGACCGUGACGGCUCAAGCUGAUGGUUCACUGAGCAGCGUGAGCCUCGCUCUGGUUAUGGCUCUUCUUUACUGCUUGGACGUCAGCUUUAUAGAGCAGGGAACUGAAGACAGAGAAGAUCUUCUCCAGGCAUUGCCAUUGCUGACAGAGAGGCAGUAUGUGUCUGCAGUGCACAGUCGUCUGAUGGACAGCCAACCUUGGAAGCUCCCGGGGCUGCAAGCUGUGUGUCGGCUUGCCUGGGCUCUGUCUCUCAGAGUUCUGUCACAGCUACCACAGGGCUCAGCCCUUGUUGAGUUCACUGAAGCAGACGAGGCACUGGCCGAUCAGGCUCUGUUGGGAGAUGUUUUUCUGUUCAUGAAGGAGGGCAUUUUGGGAUGCGAGGGUUUUGCCCAGGAAGAGUUUUAUAUCCGCCGCCUCCAUUCACUCAUAACAGACUUCCUGGCGCUUAUGCCGAUGAAGAUAAAGCAGCUUCGUAACCGUGCAGAUGAAGAUGCCCGCCUGGUGCACAUGUCUCUACAGAUGGACAGUGAACUUCCAUCAUCGUUGCGGAAGGACUUAGAUCAUCUUAUGAUUCUGAUAGGGGAGUUUUACAGUAAGGAUCCAUUUGGAUUGGAGCUGGGUCUGGAGUUCUGGUGUCCCACAGAAUCUCUUCAACAUACUUCACUGCAUGGAUCCUAUAUGGGCAUGGCCCUGCAAAGACCUCCUCACAAACAGGUGGUUUUGUCCAAGUUUGUGCGUCAGAUGGGAGACCUUCUGCCAUCCACCCUUUAUAUUUCUUACCUUCGCAUGCUAAAAGGCCUCGCCAACGGUCCGCAGUGUGCUCAUUACUGCUUCAGUCUUCUUAAAACUAAUGGAGCUACACACAAUGAUAACAUCCAGGGAGUUUCAGGCAGUCCAGUGUCCUGGGAACAUUUAUUUCACUCCCUCAUGCUGUACCAUGAGAACCUGCGACAAGACCUUCCUAAUCCAGACUCGGCACACUACCGCCACCUGCCACUCAGGGGCAUCACACAACGAGAGCUGGAAGGGCUUACCUCUUUUCUGCAUUUACUCACCACAAUUAUAACCUGGAGUGAAAAUGCUCGUCUGGCAUUGUGUGAACACCCACAGUGGACCCCAGUGGUGGUGAUGUUGGGGUUGCUGCAGUGCAGCGUUCCACCUGUUUUAAAGGCCGAGCUCCUUCUCUCACUUGCGGCCUUUGGAAAAUCACCCGAGAUUGCUGCUUCACUUUGGCAGUCGCUGGAGUACACACAGAUUCUUCAGACUGUUCGAGCACCAGGGCAGAGGCAAGCAGCAGGAAUUGAGGUUGAGCUGAAUGAGAUCGAGUCCAGCUGUGAGGAGUACCCUUUGACGCGAGCCUUCUGCCAUCUGAUCAGCACAUUAGUUGACAGCAGCGUGCCUCUUAAUUUAGGGGCAGGUCUACGUGUGCCAGGCUUUCAGCCCUAUUUGAACUUCUUACGUGAAUCGGUAUUCCUCUCCUUUCCCACAAGAGCAUAUCGCUGUCCUGCUGAAAAGUGGGAGGUAGCUGAUUCUGUCCUGGAGGUGUUCCACAAGCUGCUGCGGAGCUACGAGCCUCAGCCAUCAGAUUUUAUUCAGGAGACUGUGGAGUUGCAGGGAGAGCAGGUCCCUGCAGACAAGCCCCCCGGACACAGCAUCAUGUUUCACCUGCUUAACGACUCGCCCAUGCUCGCUCUCUGCCUGAGUCUGCUGGAGGAGGGUGUGCGCCAGCUGGACACUUACGCACCCUUUCCUGGUAAAAAGCACCUGGAGUCAGCAGCGCUGCACUGCCUCUGCCUUUUGGAUUUGGCUCUGCAGAAGGAGGUGGUGUUCAUGGACCUCCUCAGGGAGAGCCAAGCUUCUCUGAUUGUGUCUCCACUGGAGCAGCUCUUCCAGGGAGUCAGUUCUCAAACCCGAAGGGCCGAUCACAUUAUCAACAUUGCCAGGUAUCUUUACCACAGCAGCUCCAACCCAGAGGCGGCUUUUCAGAGUGCAAAGAUCCUUCGUCGCAUCGCUAACUACCCCAACAUUCAGAUGAGGCUGGUGGGAGAUUUCACACACGACCAGGCUGUGAGUGAGAAGCUUAUGGCCGGCUUUGUGGAGUGUCUAGACAAUGAAGAAGCAGAAGAGGGAACAGAAAAAGAAGAUGAUUUAGACCAACAAAAAAAAGUGGCAAGAAUCCGACAUAAAACCCAGAUUCAUAUCCUGAAUCUGCUCAUCACCUCCUUGGAGCUGAAGGCACCCAAUCUGGCCCUUUACCUUUUGGGUUAUGACGUCAAGAAGCCUGUGUCUUCAACAAAUCUUCAGGACCCAGGUGUGUUGGGAUGUCCUCGUAGCUGCUUGCAUGCUAUCCUGAGUCUGCUGCAGAGAGGUACGGAGAAGAGAUCAGGGCCGAUACUCACACAGGAAGCCCCUCAGUUGGCAGAGCUCUGCUACCAGGUGAUCUAUCAGUUGUGUGCCUGCCCGGACACAUCUGGACCUGCGAUGCGCUAUCUGAGGACCAGCCAGGACUUCCUGUUCUCUCAUUUGCAACACCUACCCUUCGUUUUGCCUGGCAAUCAGAUCGCUGCUCUCUCCCAGAUGUCGUGGCUCAUGAAAACUGCUGCAAUUGAGCUGAGAGUAACUUCACUGAAUCGCCAGCGUUCACACACUCAGCGCCUCGUCAGCCUCCUGCUGGAUGACCAGCCACACCCUCAGCACACAGCCGAUGGAGAAUCAGGCAUGGAAGAAGAGAUCCGAUCAGUCAAUCGUUUUCUUAAUUUUGACACAGUCUCUAAAGUGCACAGGAAGUUGCUGAGUGUUCUGGAUGAAAUUGACUUCAGUCAGGAUAUGCCUGAACUGCUGCAGUUGGAUUUCUUUGAACGGACUCAGAUAGAACAGGUCAUCUCCAACUGUGAGCAUGUCAAUGAGCAAGGACACACUGUGUGCAACGUUAAGUUGCUUCACAGAGUGCUGGUGGCUGAGAUAAAUGCACUGCAAGGAAUGGCAGCAAUCGGACAGAGGCCUCUUUUGUUGGAAGAGGUGAACUCCAUCCUUCAGCACGUGGUGGAACGUAAUCGUGUUCGUCGGAGUCUGACAGCAAAGCGGCACGCUCUGCAGUCCUGGAGGAGUCUGGUGGAGACGCUGUUGACCGCCUGCCCAGCGGAUCUCAUACCUGCUGAUGACAGGCAGCUCAUCAUCAGAGACUUCCUGCUGGAUCUGCAUGAUAAAGUACUGUCAGAAGAUGCAGCAGGAGAGUUGAUGCCCAUUGUUGCCGGAGCAGUUUUUACUCUGACAGCUCAGCUCAGCCAGUCAGUUCUCUCUGAGCAGCAGCAGGGGGUAGGAUCUGAAACGUCCUCUGGCUUUGCCUCCAUCGCUAACUCAGCCCUCCACCUGAUCCUUCGCAAGCUGUUGGACUUCAUCCUUUGCACAGGAGGUGGAUACCAGCGUCUGCGUGCUCACCUGUAUGGCUCUCUGCUGUAUUACCUGCAAAUUGCCCAGAAACCUGAUGAACCAGACACUUUGCAGUCAGCUGGGAAAGCUAUGUGGGAGCGUCUCACAGCUCCUGAAGAUGGAUUCUCCAAACUGCAGAGAGAGAACCUAGCGAUCAUUGAAAGCUAUGGCAAGGCUCUCAUGGAGGUUGUGUGUAGGGAUGCCUGUGAUGGCCAUGAAAUAAGCAGGAUGCUCGCUCUGGCAGUUUUGGACCGUAUCCUGUCUAUAGAUCGUCAGAAUCAGUGGCUGCUUUACGUGUGCAACAGUGGCUACCUGCGUUCAUUGGUGGAGAGUUUGAGACAAGAUGAUGUUGCACUGCAGAGCCUUCUCACUCCCCAGCCACCGCUCCUAAAACCAUUAUACAUCUAUGAGAGCAAGAUGGUUCUGCUAACACGUGUGGCUAAAACUGCCCAGGGAGCUGUGGAGCUGCUACGCUGUGGGCUGGUGGCACAACUGAUUGAAUGUCAGGUGUUCGACAUGGUACCUGACAGUGAUUCCCACAGGGUCAUGAGGGAUCCUUCUGGCUUUAUCCCAACUCCUAUGGACCGGUACAGGCAGAUUCUUUUGCCAGCUUUGAGGCUCUUUCAGGUGAUACUGACGUCUACGUCCAUAAACCACCAGCAGGGGGCAGCACAGGUUCUCCAGUGGCUUAUAGUCCAUGCUGACACCAUUCAGUCUCUGCUGCGCUGUCAGGAGCUCAGUAUAGGUGCUUUGCAGGAGCUCUCUUUGCUUACUGGCAUAAUCAGUAAAACUGCUCUACCAGGUGUUUUUGAAAUGGGUGGAGAGAUCAACAGUGCUGCCCUUAUGGAAUUCCAGGGUCACAUUAAUCGAUUCCAGCGUUUGUGUCUGUCCUUGCUGGGCCGCUUGGCAGGAAGUGAGCGGGAGAGAUUGUUAAAGCAGGCUGAGAUUUCUGCACCUGGAGACUCAGCUAAACAGCAAGAAGAGAUGGAGGUGGCCAUGCUGCAGGUGUGUGCCAACAUCAUGGAGUACUGCCAAACUCUUUUACUGCAGAGUUCUUCUCAGGCUCAGUUCAGCAUCUGUCUGUUCAGCCCGUCAGGCAGUGAACCAGCUGGCAGAGAUGGAGGACGCUCGGAUCUUUCCUCUUCUCUUCCGUCAAUCAUUCACUCACGGGUUCCUAGCCUUGGUCUGGUCCUUUACCUGCUGAAGAAUAGUGCUGCAGAGUUUUUCCAGUUCCACCAAAGUCAUCGACAAAGUCUGGGCAAGCUGCAGAACCUGGAUCAGCUGCCUCCAGAGGAGCUCAAGGAGUUGUGCCAAGGCCUGGUAUCUGGUCCAGGAGGAGUGGAGAAGAUCUCUUCAAUCCAGAGGAGCUUGCUUGCCAAGAGGCGGCUGGUCCAACUUAUCAACAACAGAGCCAAGCUGCUCGCUCUGUGCUCUUAUGUUAUUGAGACCAGUUUGUUUGUGUUGUGGCGCCACCUGGAGUACUACCUGUUGCAUUGCACCCCCACUGACCCCAAGGACUCCCUGCUGCCUGGAGCCAGUUUAUUCAGGUCCCGCCUCACAGAUGAAUCAUUUGGUGGUCUGCAGGCCGGCGGAGUCCAUGGACUUGGCCUGUCUAGAGCUAGUCAGCAAGACCUGGACCUGUUGAAAGGUGACAUGGCUGCAGGAUUUGGGGAGGCUCUGCAGAGGAAACUGCUUGAAGUAGAAGGUCUUUACAGUCAAGUUCGCUCCCGCUACACCUUUAUCCAGGCUCUCGUUCGUAGGAUCCGCGGCCUGCUCCGACAGCCCAAAAGCUGAACGCAAAAGUGAUCUAAAAGAUUUGUAGCUUUUGACCUUUGAAGAUAACCACCACCAGAAAACAGACUUUUUCAUGUCCACGUUGCAGAUUUAUUCUAACUGGCCUCUUCAAUGGGCUCUGGUGACACAGUUAUAAUGUGGCACAUUUGGUGUCACCAUUCUAAUUAUGUCAACUAAUGGUGUGCAAGUAGUGCUGUUUGUAGAACACACUGCAGGUAUUUUUACUUCAAAUGAUUUUGAUAUUCUUUUGGUUGUUCUGAUGUCUCUUUAUUUUUGUGAAAAUAAAUCUUUUCUAAAUAUGUUAAAUUCUUGUCACUAAAAAUAAUUUAAUU